UUAGAAUGUUGUUCAUCUAUGGCCAUUACAAACAAGUAACUGUGGGUGACAUAAACACAGAACGGCCUGGGCUGUUGGAUCUCAAAGGCAAGGCCAAGUGGGAUGCCUGGAAUCAGCUGAAAGGGACUUCCAAGGAAGACGCCAUGAAAGCUUACAUCAACGAAGUAGAAAAACUAAAGAAAAAAUACAGAAUAUAAUGGACCGG